AUGCCCAAGGCCGUGCGCAUACAUGAGGUCGGUGGCACUGAGGUUCUGAAGCUGGAAGAGGUCGACUUGCCAACGAAGGGUGCGGCCGAGGUGCUCAUCAAGACGCGCAGCAUUGGCGUGAACCCAGUCGAUCUGAUCGUCCGCAGCGGUUACUACAAGCCCGAGACCUUCCCCAAGGCGCGCGGCCCGCGAGCGCUGCAGCCCGCGAGCUGCUGCAACGCGCCGCCGGGCCUCAUCCCCCUCACUCUGUGUGCCCUGCUGUGCCUUAUCCUGGGGGGCGAUGUGGCGGGAGUUGUGGAGGAGGGCGACGAGGGUGGCAAGUUCAAGCCGGGUGACAAGGUGUUCGCGCUGACUCCUGGGUUCUGGAACGCCAGCCCUGCAGGCACAUAUGCUGAGUAUGUGGUGGCUGACCCCGCCUGGCUGGCCAAGGUGCCUGACAACCUGCCCCUUGAGGAGGCGGCGGGCGUCCCGCUCGUUGCGCUGACCGGCUGGCAGGCGCUGCAGGAGGCCAGCCCCAAGGCAGGGCAGCGCGUGCUGGUGACGGCGGCGGCCGGCGGCGUGGGGCACAUUACUGUGCAGGUCGCCAAGGCCCUGGGCCUGUUUGUGGUGGGCCUCGCUGGCCCCAAGAACAUCGAGUAUGUGAAGAGCCUCGGCGCGGACGAGGUGGUUGACUACACCACCCAGGAUGUUGCUGAGCUAUACAGCGCUCCUGACAAGCAGUUUGACAUUGCCAUCGACACCGUGGGCACGCGCAGCGAGCUGCUGCAGAAGCUGCUGUCCGUCACCAAGCCCACCGGCCACUACUCUCACAUCCUCAACGCCGGCACUGACAAUGACGCACUUGGUGCAGCCAAGGAGGCGCAUGCGGCCGGCAAGGGGCCGGCCGUGAGCACCACGCUGGUCAAGCCAAACGGCGCGCAGCUGCAGGAGAUUGCUGACCUGAUUGCUGCCGGCAAGGUGAAGCUGGAGGUGGCCCUCAGCCUGCCCCUGGAGGAGGCUGCCAAGGCGCACGACCAGGUUGCGACGGGGCACACGCGCGGCAAGGUGGUCCUGACUGUGUGA